UAUUGCUAUACUGCAGAACUGCAGACGUGCCAGAGGCCGCAUGUAUAUAUAUACGUAUAUAUACGUGCAGUGUGUUUGUAGGGGGAGAGAAAAGAGUAAAGAUAGCACGCUGCACGUUUAGGACACGUAAAAUAGGACAGUUGGUGUCUAUAUCUUCCCGAAGUCGUUGUCUUGUGUUGUUGCUCAUUUUAUCUCGCUGCUGCUGCUGCCUCAUCGUCGAGGAAAAAGAGGGCGGAUGCGCGUCCUGCCUUGGACAGCUUGGUUGUACAUACAGCACUUGUAUGGAGUAUAGCGCGUACAAAUGAGUGUUGUGAUUUUUUGCUAUCUACAUAGUCUGCCGGCGUCCAGGCGUCCUGAGUAGUAUUGUGUUACAUUUACCUGCAGCCUAUGAGGAGCGGCACCCAACAUUAUUAUUCCUUAUCAGUCGCACACAAAACACAACACGCUCAUUAUACGAUUGUUCUCACACACAACACACAAGGCUCGUCCUUAUACAUUGGAUACGAAAAGCAAAGUUCAGCGAGCGUCUGUCCGUGACUCUGUGUCCAGGGCAUCCUCUUGUUAUUGUGCUGACAUGCGACUUGCUUGAGCUCGCCUCAUCCAGAGAGAUACAAGCUUCUGUAUUUAGGUACUUCUUCCUUGGACACUCCACGUGGAGAUUAAAAAGUGGCUGCCAUAAUGUGGUCAUCAACAACCAACAGUGGCAAUGCGGGAAAUCCGAAUUUGCGUACCCUAGGUAUGACAUCUGCCAUUAGUAUGGCAGAACCAAAACCCAGUGACCGCAUUAGGACGCAAGAACUCAAAGAAUCUCUCAAGCCAUACAAUGUUUUUGACUCAGAAGAAGGACUUAAUCAUAGGAUGGAAAUAUUAAGUAAGUUGAACACCUUAGUUAAGCAAUGGAUUCGAGAGACCAGUAUUUCAAGAAAUAUGCCUCCAAGUGUAGCAGAACAAGUGGGGGGUAAAAUAUACACAUUCGGAUCAUACAGAUUAGGUGUACAUCACAAGGGAGCUGAUAUAGAUGCAUUAUGCGUUGUACCUCGGCACAUAACUAGAAGCGACUACUUUACAUCAUUUUUAAAUAUGCUUAGAACUCAAAAAGAAGUUGCAGAACUGAGAGCCGUAGAGGAAGCAUAUGUACCUGUAAUAAAAAUGAAUUUUGAUGGUAUAGAAAUCGAUUUAUUAUUUGCCAGAUUAUUACUAAAAGAAGUUCCUGAUUCAAUGGAUCUUAAAGACGAUCUACUUUUAAAAAAUUUAGAUGAAAAAUGUGUUCGAAGUCUGAAUGGUUGCAGGGUAACAGACGAAAUUUUGCGUUUAGUUCCAAACAUAGAGAAUUUUAGACUAGCUCUCAGAGCUAUAAAACUCUGGGCCAAAAGACACGGAAUUUAUAGUAACAUGUUAGGCUACUUGGGAGGUGUUUCUUGGGCUAUGCUAGUUGCAAGAACAUGUCAGCUUUACCCUAACGCCGUUGCAUCAACGUUAAUAGAAAAAUUUUUUCUCGUUUUUUCACAAUGGAAGUGGCCACAGCCAGUGCUUCUAAAAUCGCCAGAUACCGUAAAUUACGGCUUUCCAGUCUGGGAUCCACGAGUUAAUGUAGGUGAUAGGUACCACGUAAUGCCAAUAAUCACACCUGCCUAUCCACAGCAGAAUUCCACAUUUAAUGUAUCACUGUCAACUAGAACAAUAAUGCAAGAGGCAUUUGAAGCGGGUCAAGUUGUUACAGAAGAAAUCGUUAUGGGCAAAGCAACGUGGGACAAACUGUUUGAACCACCAAACUUUUUUGGCAAAUAUAAACACUAUAUUGUUUUAUUUGCAAGCAGUUCAUCAUCAGAGGAUCAACUGGAGUGGUGUGGACUAAUUGAAGCAAAAAUACGACAUUUGAUAGGUACGUUAGAAAGGAAUCCACACAUCACAUUAGCACACAUAAACCCAGAAGCGUUUCCACCGUUACAUUCGGAACCUGAUAAGUUUGUGUCCAUGUGGUUUAUUGGGUUAACUUUUAAAAAAGGAGAACACCUAAACAUCGACCUUACGUAUGAGAUCAAAUCUUUUGUUGAUAUGACUGAACGACAAAUUAAGGUAUUUAAACACGGUAUGACGAUAGAAGCACGGCAUGUAAAGAAAAAGGAUCUAGCUAAUUAUAUUUCCUCAUCUCUAAUAAAAAGAGAACGAAAGACUUCAAGCGGCAAUCAGCGGAAUGUAAAUGGUAAUAGCGGUGUUUCACCUCGGAAUCCAAGUGAUCAAACAUUGAGGAAAAGAAGGUCAGAUCAGAACAUCGAUAUUAGCGACAAAAAGCGGAAAGUACAGGAAAGCGAACAACAGACGAAACAGCCAGUACCAACACAACAGAAAGAAGAAGAUGUUGUAGUUGUUCAGUCUUGUGGAGAUGACAGUAAUUCAGGAUUCAGUUUGGAAGAGUAUAAACAAAAUUCGACGCCUGCUAAAGAAGUAAGAAUUUAA